AUGCCGUUGAAACCUUCCAAGACAAUGCCAACCCACUUCCUCUGCAUCCCCCUCGUGACAGCCCACUCGCGCCCGCAACUCACCGCCUCCCUCUCCGCUUUCCGAAGCGACAUCUGCUCGCCGCGCGCCCAGGGCGGCUUCGACGCACCGCCCGACGCGAUCCGCCCCGUUGGGACGCUGCAUCUCACCCUGGGCGUGCUGAGCUUUCCCCGCGGGGAGGAAGGCGAGGGGAAGCUUGCGAGGGCAAGGGAAGUGCUUUUAGGGUUGAAAGUAGGUGAGAUUUGGCGGGGUGUUCGGAGGGAAUGGAAAGGGGAAGCAGAAGAAGGCAUCAAGAUCACCCUACGCGGGCUGGCGUCCAUGCAGCCUGCUGCCCGAGCGACUGUGCUCUACGCGCCGCCGGUGGAUCAGCAUGGUCUGCUACAAGCGUUCUGUGAGAAGGUCAGGGCAGCGUUUAGGGAGGCCGAGAUAAUGGAGGAUGAGGGCCGGCCGCUGCUCUUGCACGCCACCCUCGUCAAUACCGUGUAUGUCAAGGGCAAUAAGCGGGAUGGGGCAAGUAAUGAUCGAGGGAGAGGUGGCAGGGGCGGUAGGGGAGACAAGAAGUGGGAUCGUCUGGUCUUUGAUGCUACGGGGAUUAUUGACCGUUAUGAAGAUCAAGUAUGGAUGGAGAAUGUGCCGGUCGAAAGGGUGGCCAUAUGUAGGAUGGGCGCGAAAAAAGUGGUUGUAGACGGGCAGGAGGAUGAGGCGUAUGAGGUUGAGGCUGAGGUCGAGUUUUAGUCUGCAACAGGCGUGUGAAGAUUCCAUAUAUCUACAUCCAGUCACUUACGGUAGAUCUCAACGAGUUCCAACCAAUAUGCCUACCAU